AUGAAAGAAAGAUAGGGAAAUAGAAAUAGUUGAUGAAAAUUAGAUGAUAAAUAGAAAAUUCCAUUAGAUGAGCAUAGAUUUUUGAAAAGCGGAAAUAUUUGUUAAUGUGAAAAAUGAGAGGAAUAAUAUGAAAUACAUAUAAGGUUCUGUCUUAUUUAAUUAUUUACGUUAUGGUCAAGUGAAUCUUAACCUCAAAUUUAUUUUCUGCUAGUAAACUGAGCGAAAGCGACUGAAAAAAUUUUAUUCUUAAUAUUAUAUACAAACAAUAAAUGAAUAAAUGGAAGGAGACGAAGAAGGUCAAUAUAGCGAUGCCGAUGAAAACGAUGUUAGACCAAUUCCUUUAAAAGGCGAACCUAUUUUUCGUUCCGCUUUAUGUGAAAAAUUAAAUAAACUAAAUAUAAAUGAGGAUGCAGAUGAUGAUAUGAUUGAUAAUGAAUAUGAUGAUUAUAUAUUGGAUGAUGAAAGUGACAUGCAUAAAUUUAGAUUUAAAGCAAAUGUACAUACUAAGAACUGCCAAGGAACUUCAUCCAAACUUACUAAUUUUCAACCAUCGGAUAAACUUUUUAGAAGGUAUGCCAAUAAAGUAAAUAUAACAGAUUACGAAGGUCCAACAUUAUCUCAAACCGCAACAAAUAUUCUAAAUGAAAAAACUAGAAGUAUGGAAAAUAAUAAAAUACGUAUAAAAGACAAAAGCGAUCGAGCCACCGUAGAACAGGUUAUGGAUCCAAGAACUAGAAUAAUUCUAUUUAAAAUGUUAAAUAAAGGAAUUAUAAAUGAAAUCAAUGGUUGUAUUUCUACGGGUAAAGAGGCUAAUGUAUAUCAUGCCAGAUCCACUACCGGUAUUGAAUUUGCUAUAAAAAUUUAUAAAACGUCUAUAUUAGUUUUCAAAGAUAGAGACAAAUAUGUUACUGGAGAAUUUCGUUUUCGACACGGUUAUUGUCGUAGUAAUCCAAGAAAAAUGGUACGUACUUGGGCAGAAAAAGAAAUGCGAAAUCUUAAUCGCUUACAACAAGCAGGAAUUAAAGCACCUAAACCAAUAAUGUUAAAAAGUCAUGUUUUAUUAAUGGAUUUUAUUGGUGUAAAAGGCUGGCCAUCGCCAAAACUAAAGGACGCUCUCCUUGUAUCUUCUCAACCAAGACGACUCUACAGAGAAUGUAUUGAAAUCAUGUGGAAGCUUUACAACAAAUGUAAAUUAGUUCAUGCUGAUUUAAGUGAAUAUAAUAUACUUUAUCACGAAGAAUCUCUCGUUAUAAUUGACGUAUCGCAAUCCGUCGAACAUGAUCAUCCCAUGGCGUUAGAAUUUUUAAGGACAGACUGUACUAACAUAACAGAUUUCUUUAAAAAAAAUAAAGUUGCUGUAAUGUCUAUGAAAGCUCUAUUUGACUUUAUAACUGAUCCAACAAUAAAUGAAAAAAAUAUGCAUACAUAUCUUGAUAAAAUGUCAAAAAUAAUGGAAAAUAAGCCAACAAAAAUGGAACCUGAACAGCAAAUCGAGGAAGAAGUCUUUAAAAAUAUCUACAUACCUCAAAGAUUAACAGAGGUAAUAGAUAUUGAAAGAGAUAUUCAACUUGCAAAAUCUGGUAAAGGAAAUCUUAUUUACAAAACAUUAAUUGGUUUAAAAGCAGAUUUGUCAAAACCAGCUUUAAUACCUGAGAUUUUAUAUAAUGAAUCCCAGAAUGAGGAAAGUAAAGUUAAAAAAAAAGAAAGUAACCAAGUUGCAAGCGAUGAGAGUUCAGAUGAUAGUAGUUUUGAUGAUACAGAUAGCGAUGGAUCUGAAGAAGAAAGUGAAAAGGAAUCCAAAUUUGUAAAUUCGGCUCGUCCUAAAAAUGAGACAACCGAGGAACGAAAGAUACGAAAGAAAAUAUUAAAGAAUAAGAAAUCAGAAGAUCGUAAAGCAAAGAUUAAAAAACACGUUAAAAAACGAAAAACGAAGGCAAAAAAGUAA